GAAUGUCAUUUGCUUUUCCAAUAUACGCCCUAUUCUACUCCACAGUGACUUGUAUCUUUGCUAUUGGUUAAAAUUGGAGGGAUUAAAAUUCGAGGACCUAUACUCUGGUUUAGAAGCAAUGGCUAUGGCAAUGCCAGUGGUAGCUUCCACGUACUUUGGAUUGAAGCCCACUGCUUCAAGGCCACUGAUAGAGUGUGCAAUGCCUUCCUCAAGGACCGGCACAAUCAGGGUGAUUGUAAAUGGAGCAGGCAAGGAUAUUGGAAGAGCUGCAAUAGCUGCAAUCAGUAAAGCAAGAGGAAUGGAACUGGCUGGUGCAAUUGAUCCCUUACUUGUAGGAAUGGAUGCUGGAGAGAUAGCCAACUUGGAUGAACCUCUGGAGGUCCCUGUGCUGAAUGAUUUGGUUAUGCUGUUGACCUCUCUAUCACAGUCUAGGACUGCAGGGGUUUUGGUGGACUUCUCAGAGCCUUAUUCUGUAUAUGACAAUGUCAGACAGGCAACAGCUUUUGGUAUGAGAAGUGUAGUUCAUGUCCCUGGGGUUGAUAUGGAUGUCAUAGCUUCGUUAUCUAAAUUUUGUGAGAAGGCGAGCAUGGGCUGUAUUAUUUCUCCCACAUUAUCUAUCGGUUCUCUUCUUCUUGAGAAAGCUGCUAUGACUGCAGCAUACCACUAUGAUCAUGUGGAGAUUGUUGAAUCAAGGCCAGAUACGUCUGUCUGUCCAUCUCCUGAUACAAUACAGCUUGCAAACAAUCUUUCUGGCUUAGGCCAAACAUACAACAAAAACGACCUUUCAACAGACUCUGCGGCAAGGGGUGCAGUUGUUGGGGAUGGUGUACGUGUGCAUAGUAUGGCUUUGCCAGGGCUCUGCUCAAGCAUGGAAGUACACUUCUCUGCACCUGGAGAGGUUUUGUCCAUAAAGCAUGACAUGACAAAUUUGCAGUCAUUAAUGCCAGGCCUUCUUUUGGCUAUUCGGAGAGUUGUUAGACUAAAGUCCUUGGUCUAUGGAUUGGAGAAGUUUCUAUGAAAAAGGGGAUCCGUAUUUACUAAUCAACACUUUGCAACAAUUUUACAAUAUGAGCAAAUGAUGGGUUCUUUUCCAAAUGUUUGGACCUCCAAAUUUCUAUGGCUUGGAUAAAAUCCAAUGCAUGUAUAUCUCUCUGUCAAUGUUUAGUGUGGUUCCAAAAAUUUUGUUCCUUAUGGCACAACACUUCAUAUGUCCUUCCUUAGUAAACAUCUGAUGCUCAUUCCUGUAUUUGUUUCCAAUGUGAUUUAGUCAUUUGGCGAAAGGGCCAAAACAUUUAUUUAUUGAUCAGGGAAACAUCUUGAAAAGUAUAUACUAUAUAUAAUUCAUUACAGGUUAG